GCAGGUCUCUCUGUCUCUCGCUUACGCGAACGCGCGCCAUCGUUGCAAUCGUUCGUUUCUCAGCUCCUUGCACUCUGUCGUUCGCCGAGAGAUGCCGGACGAAGAAAGAACUGAAAGAAUCUUCGGGCGAACGGUUAAAGGCAACUUUUUGAAAUCGGCAUGGAACUCGGUAGUCGCAUUCCGUGGCCGGCGCCAAAGAACGUCAAACGAUAAACAGCGAAGAGGCAAAGGUAACGCGCGGUCGCUGAUUCCCGGCAUCGUUGUUCAAUCGGCGAUUAAACGGAGACGGAGAUGGUUGGUGGGCGGCUGUCGCGUCGAAGCGUCACGUGCGUGGUUCGACCGCGCCUCUCCUCCCAUUCGCUAAUUCCAUGUUGCUUUACGUCGCAGCGAUAGCAAUAGCGUCCGCACGACUGCGGUGCAUGUCGACGAGCUGAAGUUAUUUCUACCGAGCACGAUCGACCACCACGUGCUCGAUGGAUGCCCGAUGAAUGCUAACUCGAUGCGUCCUUAGGGAAAAAUAACGAUCGCAAGCCGUACGUGAAAACGGUACAAUGAAAAUCCUUGAAAUCGCGAACCGUCUGACUAGCUCGAUCGAUUAUAGUGCCGCGGUUGUUUAACCCGCGCGACCACGGCAAUUCCUUGUCGGCAAAUUACACUCGACGAGCGACCGACGUGACAACAGACGAAACGUUCAAAGUUCAGACGGCUGUUACCGAAAACUAUUCCUAUUACGUACCACAUAUACACACGUACGAAGAAGCGUAUCGUAACGCGGAAGGGUGGGGAGCGCAAAAGCUUUGCGAUUCUCGCUCGUCGUCGACAAAUCAUCGCGAUAAUCAUCGCGAUUGCAUUCCGAAAAUAAAGCUUACAUCGUCGCUCUAUUAUUAAUUCGCGUGUUAUCUCGACAUCUCGUCGCAAAAACAACGCGGUAUAAAUAACCGAGGAAAUCGCGCCUUGCCAAACCGGAGAAAGGACCUGUGCAGCGGCGCGCUUUUCCGUCAACGACCGACCAACGCGUUACUCGAUUCUCCCCUCGACCUUGUCCCCUCGCGUGCUCGAAACUGUCGCGUCCUUGGCGUACCUCCGACCGUGGAUCGCGAACACGCCCGUUGGUGGGUUCGCGUCACAUAGUGACUUUGAUGCUGUUCCUCGGCAUGGCGAACGCCUACGUGAUGAGAACGAACAUGUCCGUGGCGAUCGUCGCAAUGAUCAAUCAUACCGCCAUCGUAAAUAAGGACGAAGUGGCCACGGUGAACGAGUGCGGGAUCGUUAAUUCCAGCAUCACGAGCGACCACGCUGGAAAGAGCAGCGACGGCCAGUUCGUAUGGGACAGCACUAAACAGGGCUAUUUGCUCAGCUCGUUCUUCUAUGGCUACGUCCUCACGCAAAUACCAUUCGGGAUACUUGCGAAGCGUUACGGAUCCAAAUACUUUCUUGGUGUCGGCAUGCUGAUCAAUUCGUUGUUUGGACUGCUCGUGCCUAUGUCGGCCCGUUUCGGCUACUAUUAUCUGAUGGGCGUUCGCUUCAUUCAAGGUCUAGGCGAGGGUCCCAUCGUGCCUUGCACGCACGCGAUGUUGGCCAAGUGGAUACCGCCGAAUGAGCGUAGCAGAAUGGGAGCGUUUGUAUAUGCCGGAGCGCAGUUUGGCACUGUCAUCUCGAUGCCAUUGAGCGGUAUCCUAUCCGAAUACGGUUUCGAUGGCGGUUGGCCGUCGAUUUUUUACGUGUUCGGUGCGGUCGGUACCUUGUGGUGCAUUGCCUUCCUGCUGAUGGUCUACGAGGACCCGGAAAGCCAUCCGCGUAUAUCCGAGGACGAGAAGAAGUACAUUCUGAGCGCUCUGUGGGGCAACGCCGGAGCUUCCUCCCCACCCGUACCAUGGAUAUCGAUCAUUACCUCGCUACCGUUCUGGGCUAUCCUGAUAGCGCACAUGGGCCAAAACUACGGAUACGAGACGUUGAUGACACUGCUGCCGACCUUCAUGAAACAGAUUCUACACUUUGACAUUAAAUCGAACGGCACCGUUUCCUCGCUUCCCUACUUGGCCAUGUGGAUAUUCUCGAUGCUGGUGUCUCACGUAGCCGACUGGAUGAUCUCUAGCGGAAAGUUUAAUCACGGAUCCACGCGGAAAAUCAUCAACAGCAUCGGCCAGCUGGGACCGGCGAUCGCUCUGAUUGUCGCUUCGUAUACCGGAUGCAAUUCCUGGUUGACAGUGACUAUUCUUACGAUCGGCGUAGGCUUGAACGGCGGUAUCUAUUCCGGAUUCAAAGUGAAUCAUUUGGAUAUCUCACCGAGAUUCGCCGGCGUUUUGAUGUCUUUCACCAACUGUUUGGCCAACCUGGCGGGCUUACUGGCACCCAUCACGGCCGGCUAUAUAAUCGUCUCACCGCCGACUCAGGCGAAAUGGAGGAUCGUGUUUAUGAUUUCGGCGGGCGUGUAUAUCGUGUGCGCCUUGUUCUACGCAAUAUUUAGCUCUGGACAACGACAGCCGUGGGACAAUCCGGACAAAGACGAGGACAAAAACGAGAAAGAAGGCUUGGAGACUGUGAAAACACUCACAGAAACGCACCAUUGACGAGCCAGCGUGCUAGUUGCUUUUUACUUUUAUUAUCGGGUCCUUCUUCCGCAUAUUUUUUGUACUUUGUUCUUCGUUCCUGCCACUUUGCCGUUCAACGCGACGGUGUCGCGACGUGGUUCGCAGUUGCUCGCCUUCUCCGCGUCUUCGCAUCUCGCGCCCUUGUACGACUCGACCGUCCAUCGUCGAACGUUCACGUUGUCGUUCGACGAGUGGCCAUUAACACACACGAAACACGGACAUCGGAAACGCUAGACGGAAAAGCAGAUGCGAGCAAGACGAUAGGAACGCGCGGGCAUAUAUUCCAAGAAAGAAGGAUAUUCAAAGAAACUGCAUAGUGAUUUGUCACAGCGGCAGUGGAUCGCCUGGACGAUUAGCUCUUUCCUCCGACGCGCGACGAGGAACCGUACAUUCGCUGUUUGUCCCUUGCUCGUGUGCCAAGUUAAAUAGCACGCAAACAUUUGUACAGCAAGUAAGUCGAAUCGAACGUCACAUUUCUAUAUCGAGUACAGACAAAGUAAAUUACGGAGAUAUAUGUAUGCUUGGAUACGUACGUACGUACGUGCGUGCGUGCGUGCGUGCGUGUACGAGAGAGAGAAAGAGGGAAAGAAAGAAUGAUAAGCGUGAAAAAAUAACGAGCGAGCGAAAGAUAGAAAAUGCAGAUAAUUUUACAUUUUUAUAGUAUUCAUUUUUACUUAACGGAGAUUACGUGCCUUAAGACCAAACAGUGUCGAAAUAAAGAUCAAAUCGAUGUAUUUUUCGAGGCGUUAAUUUUUACUGCGCGCUAAUAGCCAUAUUAUCGACCAACGAAAAUGAUCGAUUAAAACUUCCGUCCGAUUUCUGGAUGCACGGGCACAGGCGAAUCGCGCGUUUCUCUCUUUCUCGAUCGAAUAUUAAUCAGUGCUUGGCGCGACGCAACCCAGCACGCAAAUACGAUGGUGCGUUCGAGACGGUAACGCGUCCGAAUGCCGCUUCUACGAGUAAACGGACAAGUACUAUAACAGUAUUAAAGUUAAUAUCCUCGCGUUUCUCCCAUCUCUAUUUUCGUUCGUUACUUACCAUGCGUUAUCGCGAGCAACUGCCAUUUUAUAUUGCGCGAUUGAAACUGAUCGCGAGAAAUGCGAUAAAUCGCUUCCCGAUUUUGCAAACGUCCGGGAACCUUCAAACCGUCGCGUCGCAACUAAUAUAAUGCAAUACAACAGUGGUUUAUAAUAUAAAUAUUGUAAAUAUUUUUACGCGUAGGUUUUUAUCGAGUUGUAGACGUUAAACGAUUUGUUGCUCCUUCUUAUUUAUGCAACGUGUACAAAGCAGAAUGAAAGGAUAGGCAGAAAGUGAAAAAGACAGAGAACGAAAGAGAGCGAGCGUGAGAGAGAAAAAGUAGCCGUUAAGUAUGCUAAAAAGAAAAAAAAAGAAAACAUUCAAAGGAAUUAUAUCUUCGUAGCAGAAUGCAUUUUCUUUUUCUAAUUAUUAUUGUUAUUAUUAUUAUUAUUAUUAUUGUUGCUGUUUAUUGUUGGUAUUAUUAUUAUUAUUAUAAUUAUAAUUAGUAGUAGCAAUAGUAUCGUAAUUAUCGUCAUCGUCACUAAGAUGUAGUCGUGAGUGCAGAACUAUCGUAUGACACACCAACGCCAAAGAAACAUGUACGCCUUUGUUUCGUUUCUCUUCCUUUUUACCCCCGUACAUGCAGGCGUUGUUACGGGUGUAUACGACUAUAAUUUAUCGAACGACCGCUUCGUCGUAAUUCGUAUGAGCUUGGCCCGUUAUGUAGUACGCGCGACGACACUCGAACAGGUAUACACACGUACCCUCGCGUUCAAGCGGACGUUUACAAAAGCUCCUCUGCUCGGGACAUUCAGCCUCUGAGACGAUGUCGCUCCCGAGUGGAAAUUUUUUGAAAUUUCUAAUUACUUACCGUUCGUUAUCGCGUAUCUGUUUUUGCUCGACCGUCUCCGGAGCGAGCGUAUCGCCGAUACCUCUGAUCGCGUAAACAGGGAUCGCGGCGGAUCAGUCUGAAGUACCUGCGUUUUUCUGUGAUCGUCUACCUAAAAAUGUAUCUUCGACGACUUGCCCCAAGGUUACUACCUCGCUAAUUUCUUGGUAACCCGUAGACUAUCCAAAUCAUUGUUGUAGCGGAAAUAUGACCAACUGCCCGUAUGAAAUUUUGCGUACGCGAGGAUAUUGUUAAAUUACGGUCACGUAUUACACUCAACGCCUCGUACAAUUCGUACCUAUCUUUUUACGCUAGGCUAUCCGUAUAUGCCUAUAUGUAUAUACGCGCGCGUGUGCGUGUAUAUAUAUGCGUGUGUAUUUAUAUAUAUAUAUAUAUACACGCACGCAUACACAUAUAAAUUAUGUAACUAUGUAUACUCGUGGCUGCGUACACUUCGUGUGCGUGUAUGCACGACUUACCGACAAUCGCGAUAGAAAUUCUUGGAAACCAACUUUUUAUAAGGUCAAUUGUAAAACGAUCGAUAUUUUUAUACAAAUAUGUAUGGUCGUUGCGCGGCAAAAGCUGACGCAAUCUUUCUAGAUCGUACGCGAAAUAUCUUUAAUAUUACCGUAAUUGCAGAGCAUAUAAAGUGUACACACGGGUAAAUAAAAUAUCGCUCAACGAGUA